GGUGUUGGUCCCCAAGACAAAACAUCACUGUCAACUGAUGACUACCAGUGCACUGGCAACCUUGAACAAGACUUCACUGAGCUCUGUAGCCGUUUGGGCUAUACAGAAUUUCCCAGAGUUUUGAACAGACCGCGACUGCCCAGUACACCGACAUCUGAGAAAACUACCUUUGAUGACACAGACUUGACUUUAGACAAAGACAGCCAGAUUGCCCAUAUCACAGACCGCUUCUCUUACUUCAAGCCAAGCAUCCAAAUAGAGGUGGACAAGGAAGAUGGGAAGUCUGUGCGAGAAAUUUCUAUCAGAGGAUGGAAAAUUGAUGAUAAAAUGAUGGGUAUAUUCUCAAAAUGUUUACCUGCUCUCACCAAUCUCCACAAAAUCAGCCUGUGGAACGUUGGCCUCACAGAUGCCACCUUCUCUUCUUUCCUCACCAUCCUGCAGUGCUGCCCAAGCAUCAGGGUAUUUGCACUGGAAGGUAAUCCACUGCCUCAACAGUCUUAUUACAAGCUGAUCUCAGAUGAUAUAGUGCUUUCCCAUAUAUUCUUGAGAACCAACAAAAUUAAUGAAGAGGGGGCAAGACUAAUUAGUCAAGCUUUGCGAAACCUGAAGAUGACCAACAAAAACCUGGCUUCUCUUGUGCUCAGCUACAAUCAUAUCACAGACGAGGGAGCCCGUCACAUUGCUCAGGCCUUAAGAUUCAACCGAUCUCUACUUUCCCUAAAUCUUUCAAGCAAUCAGAUUAGUGAUGAUGGGGCUUUGGCUUUGGCAGAGGUGCUGGGCCUUUUCUCAUUAACACAUGCUGAGAUUGUACAGAGGAGACGGCUACUACUGGAGAAGGAAGCUCAGGAACAGCCACGAUCGCCAACAAUCUCAAGACACGCUGAUUCCAAAAGUGAGAGACCACCUAGCCACCAUAGCAACUCAGCUAUCGAGAAGGGGGACAAAGCCCAGGCACAGAAGACAAAACAGAGCAUAGCAAAGAAGAAGGAGAAGGAGACACUGAAAAAGGAGGAGAAAUCAACUAACAACAUGACAAGUGGAACCUCCAAUGCAGCUGCCCAAGCUGGUGGAACAACCAAGAAAGACGACCUCAAAACAGCCAAGAAACAGAUAGCCAAUCCUGACCAGAAAAACAUACGAGGAGAAUCUGUUAAAUCUGCUACAAGACGCGCUCCUCCACCAGAGCAAGAGCUGGCCGAGCCCAUGGAAGUAACAAAUCCGUUAUUGGAACAAGCAGAAUUCCGUGAUGGGAAAGUGCUUCUCCCAGGAAACAAAGUUCUUAUCAGUUUGAACAUCUCACGGAACAAGAUUUCAGAGCUUGGCCUGAAAGGCUUUCUGACAGCAAUGGAGACCCAGAUGGCAGAGACAAAGCCCAUUCCUGGUACCAGGAGCCACACAGGACUGUUGAGGCUGGCUGUGGGGAACAACAACUUUCCUGCUGACUGUCCAACUUUAAUGAAACUCCAGGAGAUCCUGCUGCCUCGAGAUCCCAUACUGAAAUCUUGCAAAUCUGCUGAAGAGGAACAACCAAUGUGA